AUGAACCUGCGUUCCGGAUUUUCAGGACACUUUGUUCAGCGCCGCGUCGCUGAAGGCUGGAGCGAAGUGUCCAAUCCAGAGGUAAAGACACGCUGGAAGCCGGCGUCUCGCUCUUCCUCACCCGCUUGCCCGUACUCCUCUAAAACCAGCGACAAGUGCAUCGAGUGGCUUGCUUUUCACCGGUCUCAGUUCUCAGGUCUCGUGUUGUGUUGCAGCUUCCACAUCCAGCUGUAUAACGCUGACAGCCUGCUGGCCUGUGCGCUGCCUUACCAUGACACCAACCUGUUCGUCCGAGUCCUGCAGCUCCUGAAGAUCAAGGACGCCACCAACCGCUGGAGCUGGCUGCACUGCCUGCAGAAACCAGGUGUGCCGUUGUCCAGAGGAGCGCUGAUCACUCACUGUUACACAGACCUGAGCUUCAUGGACUUCAUCUGCUGCAUGGUCACCAAGUCCAUCCAGGCGUACUCAGGCCGUUCAGGAAGUUGCUCCCAGCUCAGAGUGAUCUUCUCCUUCUACGCCUCGACCAUCGUCCCCGCUCUGGACGCCGUGGACAAAGUGUCGGACGCCAUCAUCUCCAAACUGCUGCCGUACAUUCAGAAGGGCCUCAAGUCGUCCUUGACGGACUACAAAGCCGCCACCUACAUGGUCGUGUGCCAGCUGGCGGUGAAGGUGGUGAUGGAGGUGAGUCUCGUCGACACCCUCACCGUGCAGAUCAGCAAGUCUCUGCUCAGAGAGCCCGUGCUGGCCAAGGAGGGCGUGGGCUGCCUCAUCGUGCUGCUGCAGAACCAGAAGGAGGGCGCUGCCGGGCCCAGAGCCUUCAGCCAUCUACGCUCGAUGCCGGCGCUGGUUCCCACGCUGCAGGUGAUGGCGGCCACUCAUGAUGUCAGUCCUCUGCUGCGCUACCUGCUGCCUCACCUCGUCCACGCCUUUUUCACCUGCAGCUCAGGUGAGACAGACGAGUUAAGUGUGCUGGAGUCCGUCCUGCAGGACGUUCCUCUGACCAAAGGCCUGGACCGGACUGUGGCUCGUUUGCUGUUGGACGAGUAUCUGAGUCGGACCGGACUGUCCGCUGAACACACGUCCGCCUUCGACCAGCGUCUGUUGCCUCUGGUUCGACUGUUCGAGUCCAAGUACUGCGGAGCUCUGGACGGCGUCCUCGCAGGUCAUGUGACUGACAUCAGCAGCACCGAGCAGAAACAUCUCUUCCAUCAGUUCCUGUCUCUGUCCAUGAGCAGCGGGAAAUAUCAGAUCAUGGGCGACUCGGACACGUCGCUGCUCCUCAGUCUGAAACACCCGCAGCCGUCAGUCAGAGUCUCGGCCGUGGACCACCUGAUGAGCAUCAUCACCUCCGGACAGCUGCAGAGUUUGGACGAAACUUUCCUUAAAGACGCCGUCACGGACCGGCUGAAGGACGACGUGCCGGAGGUCGUGGCUGCCGCUCUCAGAGUCCUGGAGCUGCUGUUUGACGUUCUGGACCCUGAAGACAUCGUGUUGUGUUUACUGUCACUGUUGCACAGAGCUGAUCUGUUGGUGGCUGAGCUCUGGAUGCCCGUGCUGACCGAGGCGGUGCGUUUACUGUCCGACCCACGCCUGGGAAAGGGGGACGCCGAGAUGGUGCAGAGGGUGGGCUGGAGGCUGCUCCCCUUCCUGGUGGUCGCCUCCACCGAGCUGCGCCUCACCUCCAGUGUCGCCCGAUCCUCCAUCCUCACCCAGCACCCGCUCACCCUGAACUGGGCUCAAGAGCUGGACGAGCUGAUGAAGAGGAGCUCUCAGCCCGACUUCGUGGGUUUGGUGAACGAGCGUCUCGUCUCCACGCUGACCAAGAACCUGGCGAGCAUGGAGCACUUCUCCAGACGGGAUGCGCUGGAGAAGCUGGCGCUGUUGGUGGAGCAGCAGCAGCGAGGCUCCGCCCUCAGAGCGAGGGCGUCCUUCCUGGUGCUGACCCAGACGCUGCUGCUCGGCCUCGGCGAGCUGAGCGAGACCCAGCACCUGCUCACCGCUCAGAGGGUCUACAUGCUGCUGGAGCGCCCCCUGCUGGAGCUCAGCAGGGACGACAGACAGGAGGCGGAGCAGCACGUCAGCGCCCCCUCCACCUUCUCUGAAGCCCUCACUCUGUACCUGAGCAGGUGUGGGCCAGAGUCAGCGGAUCAGGCAGAGUUCAGCUUCGUCCUGAUGUCUCUGCUCAGAGACUUCAUCUCCGCCCUCAGGUGUCACGACGCCUCCUUCAAAGGUGAGGUGUGGUGGAACCCAGAGAAGCUGGACACCAACACCUGCUGUUACCUCGGCCUCCUCUGCCGCCUCUUCAGCGUCGUCAUCAGCGGUGCCGCCGAGGGCCCGGCAGCCGGCAGCUUCAGAGUUCUGAUGAAGCUGCUCAUCCAGGUUCAUCUGCGCGAGCCGCCGAUGCUCUUCAGGUUCCUGUGCGUGCUGUGGGGAUACGGCGGUAAUCAUGGAGAUCAGCUGGACGUGAAGGUCGGCGCCGUCCUGCAGACUCAGGCUCUGUACAUGGGCGGAGCUCUGCUGAACAUUCAACCGGCCGCCAUGCUGGAGGAGCUGGCCGCCGCCGACUCGCCCUUGUUCCCGUCCCUGCUCUGCUGUCUCAGCUCUCCGGUUCGGGAGGUCCGGAGGUCGGCCCUCGGCGCUCUGCAGAGCCUAUCAGGAGCCAAGGCUUCUCCCUUCCAGCCAAUCACAGAGAAGCUUCUAAAGACCCCAGAGGAGAUCAUCGCAGACCCUUCGUACCUGAGCCAGGUCCUCGGUUCGCUUCAUGACGAGUGUCAGUGUGUGAAGGUGAAGACGCAGCAGAAGAAGCUGCAGGCGUCCAUGCAGCAGCUGCUGCACAGCGUUCAGACUCCGUGCUGCCCGUCGUACAGCGCCGCCGGCCUGCUGCGAGCGCUGAGCCACGUCAACGGACAGGCCGUCCUGUCAGCCCUGCUUCCUGUUCUGGAUCGCCUGCUGGAGCAGAGCGGCCCCGACGCCCCCACCCUGCUGCGGGACGAAGCCCAGCUGAUGCAGCUCGUCCUGAGGAAGUACAACGAGGCGUCGGCGCCCCUGCUGGCCGAAGAUCAGAACUGCCUGGAUCUGUUCGUCAGAGCUCUGAGGACCUCCACCCAGCAACACCCCGACAUCCCCAGCUGCCAGAUCUUUGCACUGGAACAGAUCACCAAGCCGUUCUUCUCGGCCAUCGGAGACGAGAAGGUGCAGCAGAAUCUGCUGUCUGUGAUGUUCGACCUGCUGGUGGAGAGCAGGAGUCCUCUGGUGGCCAACACCAUCAGCAGCGUCUUUAAAGGGAUUGCAGUUGACGGUCAGCUGGUGGCCAAUGAGCUCGCUCCACCAGAAAAGCCCAGAGUCAGUGUGACGGUGCAACAGACCCGGCGGAGCAGAAUGGCACAGAGGAGGCCUCAGGAGAGCUGUGAUGAAGGUCCACAGGGGGGCGCUGUGUCGUGGCAGAGAGUCACUCUGAUCCUGGAGCUGCUGCAGCACAAGAAGAAGCUGAAGAGACCUCAGAUGUUGGUGCCGGUUCUGUUCUCUCUGCUGGCCAGGAGUCUGGAGCCGUGUUCAGAUCACGCCAACAUGGAGUACACCAAGCAGCUGCUCCUCAGCUGUCUGCUCAACGUCUGCCACAAACUGUCUCCUGAUGGAGGCGCUGUGGGCCCAGACGUCCUGGAUGAAGAUAAGUUCAGCGUGGAGUUGGUGGUUCAGUGUAUCCGAGCGUCCGACAUGCCGCAGACUCACCACCACGCUCUGCUGCUGCUCGGCACGGCGGCCACCAUCUUCCCCGAGAAAGUCCUUCAUAACAUCAUGCCCAUCUUCACCUUCAUGGGAGCCAACAUCAUGCGGCUGGACGACGCCUACAGCUUCAGAGUCAUCGACAAGACGGUUCAGACGGUCAUACCUGCUCUGAUCAAGGCCCAGCAGCUCUCUGUCGGCGGCUCUUCAGCUCACGUGGACGCCGUGGUGACGAGGAUCGUGCACGUGUUCGCCGACGCGUUGCCUCACGUGCCCAAUCACCGGCGCCUGCCCGUCCUCACUCAGCUGGUGAGCACGCUGGGCCCCGCCCGCUUCCUCUGGGUCCUAAUGCUCCUCCUGUUCAAGCUGCACACCACGCAGACCGCCAGCUCCGCGAGCGAGAAGGACGCCGCUCUGGAGACGGACGUGGAUUUGUGGAUUUCUCUCUGUUGUCACUUUGACGUCAGCGACCAGCUCACCACCCUCAUCAACAUCCUGAACUUCCUGCUGCAGCUGCCCGACGACAAAGACGACGCGAAGUGCUCCGUCAGCCGGCAAGGAGCCAAGAAGAAGAAGAAGGAGGAGGAGGAGAAGGUGGAGGAGCUGAUCUUCAGCGUGGAGGCUCACAGCAGCAAAGAGCUGCGACACUUCAAGUUCCUGUGCGUCUCCUUCAUGGCUCAGCUGCUCGGCUCCACCAGCUUCAUCGGGAAGGUCGCAGAGGGAGGAGACGCCGCCGACGCCACCGACGAGUCUCUGCAGCAGAGGCUGUUGGAGGAGAUCCUGCGUUACAUCCACAGUGUAGCUCGCUGUGUGGAGGAGAACGCCGACAAACCCACGGCCAAGUUCUGGAGAGUUCUGCUCAAUAAAGCCUACGAUGUUCUGGAUAAGGUGAACUCCUUGUUGCCCACGGAUACCUUCAUCACAGUGACGAGGGGGCUGAUGGGUAAUCGGCUGCCGUCGGUCAGGAGGAAAGCGAUGGAGCUGCUGAACAACAAACUACAGCACAGGACGCAGUGGGAGGAGCAACAGGUCACCGCGCUCGUCCAGCUGACCGGCGACCUGCUGAGCAUUGUGGGUAAACGCCAGGGGAGGGCGGAGGAGGAGGCGGAGCACGCCAUUAACCGUCAGACGGCGCUGUACAGCCUGAAGCUGCUGUGUCGCAGUUUCGGCUCGGCGCACCAGGAGGCGCUGCUUCCUGUGCUGCUGCGGGCGAUGGACGUCGUCAUGGCAACAGACGAGGACAAGAACGUGACGGGCAGCGCCCUGCUGUGCAUCGCCGAGGUGGUGAGCACGCUCAGAGCGCUCGCCAUCCCACAGCUGCCGAGGUUGAUGCCGGCGCUGCUGCGGACGCUGACAGACAGGAAAGAGCUGCUGACCAAUGAGAUCUACCUGCUGAGCGCCGUCACCGCCCUGCAGCGUGUCGCCGAGACGCUGCCGCACUUCAUCAGCCCGUACCUGCAGGACACGCUGUCACAGGUGUGUCGGCUGACUCGGCUGGUGGACUCCGCCUCUUCCUCCUCGUCGUGCUCCGCCCAGCUGUCCUCACGCCUCGCCUCCCUCAGGAGCACCCUCGCCACCAAGCUGCCCCCCAGGGUCCUACUGCCUACCCUCACCAAGUGCUACAGCAACAUGGUCGUCGACAGAAAGGCUCAGCUGGUGGCGCUCAUGAGCAUCCUGAAGGAACACAUCAGUCACAUGGACAAAGAGCAGCUAGGCUCCCACCAAUCAGAGCUCACCUCCUUCUUCCUCACCGCCCUGGACUUCCGGGCCGAACACUGUCGGGGCGACCUGGAGGCGACGGCGGAGAUCGAGGGCCGCGUCAUCGACUGUCUGAUCGCCAUGGUGAUGAAGCUGUCCGAGGUCACCUUCAGACCGCUCUUCUUCAAGCUGUUGGACUGGAGUAAAUCGGGCAGUACCGAGCGUCUGUUGACGUUCUACCGGCUGACCGUUGUCGUCGCCGAGCGCCUCAAAGGACUCUUCGUCCUGUUCGCAGGAAAUCUGGUGAAGCCAAUGGCCGACCUGCUGAGACAGACGGACGUCUCGCGGACAGGUGAGCUGUUGUUUGAGUCGGGUCGCGGCGAGGAGAAGAGCGCUCUGCUGCUUCAGCUGCUGCUCGACUGUCUGCACAAGAUCUUCCUGUACGACACGCAGAGGUUCCUGAGCAGAGAGCGGGCCGACGCCCUCAUGAGCCCGCUGCUCGACCAGCUGGAGAACCUCCUGGGCGGAGAGCAGGUGUACCAGCAGAGGGUGACCCAGCACCUGGUGCCCUGCGUGGGGCAGUUCUCCGUGGCGCUGGCCGACGACUCGCAGUGGAAAACUCUCAACUACCAGAUCCUGCUGAAGACCAGACACCCCGAGUCCAAGGUGCGGUUCUCCUCUCUGCUCAUGCUGAUGGAGUUAGCGUCCAAACUGAAGGAGAACUACGUGGUGCUGCUGCCAGAGACCAUCCCAUUCAUAGCAGAGCUGAUGGAGGAUGAGUGUGAGGAGGUGGAGCAGCAGGUCCAGAAGGUUGUUCAGGAGAUGGAGAACAUCCUGGGAGAACCACUACAGAGCUACUUCUAAUACACACACACACACACACACACACACACACACACACACACACACACACACAUCAGCUGUUAAAUUUGUAUUUUUGCUCUCAAAAAUAAAAAAAGUUUUCUUUAA